AUGAAGGCUUCACUCAGCUGGACUGCGGUGGCUCUAUUCAUUCUCGAUGCGCGAGCAGCGAUUGAAACACUUGAACAAGCAAGAACAAGGAUCCUGCUCGAGGAAGCAUCGAGAAUGAAGCGACAAUACUAUGGUUACUUCGGUCCUCCUGCUGGAUCUAUCGCAGUGCCUCGCGAUUGUCUGCCUGGACCCCUUUCGCCUCAACAACUCAGUCAACUUUCCGGUCAACUAGGUCCUAUGUAUCAAGUACCCUCAAAUGGUUCUUCGAUGACAGCAAGAACAUCGAGAUCGUUUCCUCCUUCCUCCGCCGCUUCUUGCGGCGACACUGUGUUUGUCGGUGAUAUCGGACCCUAUCGCACACAAGAAUAUGGCAACUACAAUGGAAAAUGGGUUCCAUGGUGGAUGGAGCCUCAUACAGGCAUAACUGCUUCGACGACAGUCAUUGAACAAGCAUGUCAAGUAGGAGUUCGGUCCUGCGGCUAUAGUCCACAGUUUCAGAGGUCACAGACGCCAAACUACAUCGAUCGCGGAUCACUCGCACCCAUGCAGACCUUUACUUGCAAUUCUCCCAUCACCAUUGCCAUCGGACAGAGACCAUUUCCUCAGGCGCAAUUCCUGGAUGGCCGUACCUGCAUCGUUGCAGCAGAUCUCGUCUACACAUAUGACGCUCAGGACACAGACGACGAGUAUGUUUUGGACGGAGUGCUGGUCCCCGGCCAGCGACCUGUGGAAACUGUCACCAGGGGCUAUUACCAAUCUUAUGCACAGUGCAAUACUACAAGAACAUUCUAUAGCUCGCUGAGCCUGGUGUCUUGUCCAGACCCAGUUGCUGGCGGCUUCACCAACCCGCUGAUCGACCCACGGGCACUCAAAACACAACCUAUUGAUGUCCCAACGAUCCAACUUCAAGCGGUGGCCUUGCCCACGCCACCCAGUCUGAGACCCCCUCCUCUCUUGAUACCCAGUCCUAAUCUUGGUGGAACUGAAUCUGGCUCUGGCAGCAAUUCAGGAAUUGGUGGAAGUGGUGGAGCCGCUCCUGAGCUAAUCCCAGCUCCUGAUCCGGCUCCUACACAAGCUGCAAGCUCGCCAGCUAUUGACAAUGGUUCUGGUUCUGGUUCUGGUUCUGGUUCUGGUUCAGACUCAGACUCAGGCUCAGGCUCAGGGUCAGGCUCAGGUUCUGUGCCACCAACAGGCGACAGUGGGUCCGUUGCACCUGUCCAGGCAAACAAUGUUGCUCCUGCAGGCGGCGGCGGCAGUUCUGCUGCUGGAUCAGGUAUCGCUUCCGGCAGCGGGCAGACAAACGGUAAUAGCAACAGCAACAAUGGCAAUGGCAAUGGAGCUGUAGCAGGUACUGACAGCUCGGUCAACAAUGGUGGCUCGAAACCGGUAGCCAAUGCAGCUGCGGGCGACGGGCAGGUCUCGACCAACAAUGGCGUUUCGGCCGGCACUGCGCCUGGUAUUAGCGGAAAUAGCGCCCAAGCCGCGCCAGUCGCCGGCAGUGCUGGUACGUUCGCCUCAAGUCCUGGAAGCGGCCAGGCAGGUUCAUCUGGGUCAGGUGUAGGUAUCGCAUCUGGCAACACUGGCAGCCAAAACUCGGGUCUCGCAGGAUCCACAGGCAACACGGUUUCAGAUGGUAGCGGUCCAGUCAACGGUGAUGUACAGCGCAGCGGGGUCCUUGCCCAAUCGUUGCCCGAAGGAGCCUUACCCAUUGCACCAGCUCUGGUUUCUUCGGCCAGUAAUGCGGCAACUGCUGCGUCUCAAGCACUCGCCGCGGCAGGCAUUACACCCGCCCCUAAGCAACAGCAAUUCACUGAUGCCGCAGGCGCGAUAGGCAAUUUGCGGUCUGCAUCAAGCCAGUUGGCAUCAGUAGCAAGCACUGCUACUGGAAGUGCCUUGAGCUCUAUUCGUGCCGCUCAGUCUUCCAUCGCCGCUGUACUUUCUUCCGUUGACGCAGUCGUCGCCACUGCAAGUGUAUCGAUAGCCAGAACAACGACCAAUGCGCAAGGGUCGCGCAUCACUACAUCAUUGCUGGCCGCCGCGACUGCUCUUUCUUUGCGUACUUCUCUUUCAACAAACAGUGCUGGCAUUGUUUCUACCGUCGUAGAGACGGAUAUUCUUACGAGCUCACCGAGCGCGACAGUGCAAGCAUCUGUCAGUGCCACUCGUUCUUCUACAUCUAGAGCAGGUGCUCAAUUGACUCAUACUUUCCACGGCACACACCUGUCGGCUGCCAUGUAUGGGCUGUUUGUCUGGUGUUUGGCUCACUUUUAA